CAACUUCCCUUCGCUUUUAUAUAACCUUUCUUCAUAUCUCUUUUAUUCAUCACUUUCCAUUUCAAUCUGUUAUUUUUGCUUCGGACAAUAAUAACUUCAGCUGUCUGAUUUCUGAACACAAGUUUUAGGGUUCAAGGAAAUGACAAACAUUCAAGAAGAUGAUCAGAUGGAUUUGCCACCGGGUUUCAGGUUUCAUCCAACAGAUGAAGAGCUUAUUUCUCACUACUUGUACAAGAAAGUUUUGGACAUCAACUUCAGUGCUAAGGCCAUUGGAGAGGUGGAUUUGAACAAGUCUGAGCCAUGGGAAUUGCCUUGGAAAGCGAAAAUGGGUGAGAAAGAAUGGUAUUUUUUCUGCGUGAGGGAUAGGAAAUACCCAACUGGUUUGAGGACAAAUAGGGCCACUGAUUCUGGGUAUUGGAAGGCAACAGGCAAAGACAAAGAGAUUUACAGAGGGAAAUCAUUGGUUGGAAUGAAGAAAACACUGGUUUUUUACAAGGGAAGAGCACCAAAAGGCGAAAAAAUGAAUUGGGUGAUGCAUGAGUAUAGACUUGAAGGCAAAUAUUCAGUCCACAAUCUGCCUAAAACUGCAAAGAAUGAAUGGGUUAUUUGCAGGGUGUUUCAAAAGAGUUCUGCCGGAAAAAAAACACAUAUUUCAGGCCUCGUCAACAUGAGUUCAUUUGACAAUGAAAUUUUGAACCCUUUUGGUUCUGGUCUUCCACCAUUAAUGGAUUCUUCUUCGGUUUUUAAUGCCAAGAAAAAUCCUGUUUCCGAAUCCGUUUACGUGCCCUGCUUCUCCAAUCCGAUCGAUAAUUUUACCAACAAUCCACUGCUCCUCCCGGUUUCUUCGAACACUUUCUUCCCGCCUCAGUCCCUUUCUUUCUCGUCGAAUCUUCAAAUCCCGGGCGGCUCGGUUUUAAUGCAGGAACAUUCCAUCUUCAGGGAUUUACUCGAAAAACGCGGUUUGAACGUGAAAUCGGAGAGGGAAACAAUGGUUACCGUCUCGCAAGAGACCGGUUUAACCACCGAUAUCAACAACGAAAUCUCUUCAGUCGUAUCGAAUUUCGAGAUUCAAAAAUUCGAUACGACGCCAUUAGCUGCACCGGUGGAUUUCGAUUGCUUCUGGCACUACUGAAAUAAGGGGGGGG